AUGCCUCGCUGGACACAACCUAUCUCGACUGACGCACUGGAUCUUCUUAAGUAUGUCAAUGUCAAUGAGACUGAUGCUGACGGCUGCACUGUCCUACACUAUCUAGUGAGGAACUUGAGUCAAAUUGACGCUGCUCGUUAUCUCAUUCAACGAGGUGCCGAUGCCACCAAGAAAGAUAAGAAGGGGAUCACUCCUCUUCAAAAAGCUCUGGAAGGGACAUUCCCCAUAUACAUACAAGCAUCUGUAAAUGUGGACAUUGAGUCUGAGUCAUAUGCUCAUACUGAAAGAGCACGAAAUGAGCUGAAUCAAGUCUUGCUUGACGCUGAAGCUAUUCAAAAAUCACUGGAUUCCAAUUAA